GUCAACAACUUGGGAGGCCUCUAUAUGAAACUAGGCAGGAUGGACGAGGCAGAGGAGAUGUACCAGCGGGCGCUGCGAGGAUACGAGAAAGCAAUCGGGCUUGACCGCCUCUCAACUUAUAUUCCGGCGCUGAAUACCAUGUGGGGCUUUGCUUCCCUGUCCAAGUACCAACGCCGCGUCGAGGAUGCUAGAAGCUGGUAUUCCAAAACUCUCUCAGGGUAUGAAAAGGUGCUAGGAAAAGAUCAUCCAAAGUGCCAGACUUUACGCGAUACCCUUGCUGCUUUGGGCGAAGAGAGAGAAUAUAUCAAUUCUAUAAGCGAGAGCGAGACAGUAGAUGAGCAUGCGCGUCCGGAAACAACUGCCCACUCAUCCACAAAGCCAGUUAAGUUGGCGUCCAAACGGCACAGGGUAUUGCAAAAGCUCGGCUGGAAGCGGAAGGUAUAACAAUAAAAGCGCAUGGUGCCCUGAUGCGUUUGAGAAGUCCGUACGUAGGUUUACAACGGGCAUCAAGAAUGAACAAGGCAUGACAGCUGGCUCUGUUACCUAGUCAGACAAGGUUUCAGCCGGAGACUUACAGACGUCAGAAGCCUGAUGGGGCCAUGGGAUGGGUGACGCUAACAACCCGCUCAUGAGAAGGCCCUGUAGGGACUCUCGUUUGCUAACCCCGCAUGACGGGGCAUUGGACAGCCAUUGAAGGGCAAUGAGCACAAACAUCUGAACACUGCUCUUGGGAUAAAAUCUUGUCAUGUUCCUCUACAGCAUAGCAAGUUUUGGACAUGAUACACGAACUUUGUAGUAAUUCCGAGACUGUCGGAGUGCUGCCGUUGUCUAAGCCUGUGGUGAAAUGUGGUUUUACAGGCUGAGGAGGAAUCCUCCCCGGACGGCAUGAAGUAUAGACAAAC